UUGGCACGCAGGUAAAAAUCCAUUUCUUAUUUUCUAACAUUGCUCGACCCUUGGCCCGCUGCCUGGACUCGUCUCGCCCGGGGCCGAUCUUCUCCAUCCGCUCGCCGCGCCGCAACCCGGAGAGGAGACUGCGUUCGGUCGAGCACCACCUGGGGCCCAGCGUCCUCGCGACCAUCUCCGGCACGGCGUCCGCCCUCUGCAGCCUCGGUGUCCCUGCGACCGUCGCUGCUGUCCUACUUCGCCACUCGCCACUUUGGCCGGCGACGAGCACCACCAGGACACUAGAACAGGAGAACAUGGCUACUUCAGAUGUACAAAUGCAACAUUGUGCUGAAGAUUCCGAGACUACAAUCGAGAUCAAAAUCAAGACCUUGGAUUCUCAGACAUACAAUUUGCGUGUGAAUAAAUGUGUACCAGUUCCUCUGUUGAAAGAGAAAAUUGCUACUGUAACUGGAAUAUUGUCUGAACAGCAACGCUUGAUUUGUCGUGGGAGAGUCUUGAAGGAUGAUGAACUCUUAUCUGCUUAUCAUGUCGAAGAUGGUCAUACAUUACAUCUUGUUGUUAGACAUCCAGGCCAGUCAGCUACAUCUGGAAAUGCAGCAACUGAAGCGAACACAUCAAAUUCUGGCCGUCGUCGUGGACCUACAGUGGCAAGAAGUGUAGUACUUGAGGCUGUUAAUGUGGAUCCUGGGAGCAGUGAACUCCCAGCUUUUGUUGCGCAGAUUCUCCAAAGUGUGCUUGGAACAAUCAAUGCACAAUCUUCGGGUACACCAGCAUCUUCUGACACCAGACCUUCAGAUCCUGCACAAUCUUCCAUCCCAAAUACUGUAAGAGUUGAACUCGACCAGCAACAAGCUCCUCUGCUUUUCCAGUCUGAACCAGCACAUGAGUCAUCACAACCAAAUGUCAUCCCUGAUGCUUUGACAACUAUGUCUCAGUACAUUGAUUUUAUGAGAGACUCAUUUAGGAGGGAGGGCUUUAAUCUUAAUGGACAAACAGAGGAUAAUGUGGAAAACAGAACUGCAGGAAGUACUACUAGUGUUGGUGGCACUCAAAAUCAGGAAAGCCAGCCUGAAUCAGCUGCGCUUGGGCUUCAUAAUGCAUCAUUGCUAGCUGAAAAUAUGCACUCUACUAGGCAAAUUGUUGUUGAACAGGCUGGUGCAUUGCUGUCUCAACUCUCAGCUCAGCUGGGAGAUCUAGAGAAUGUAACUGAUCCAGCAACACGAAGGGACAUUCAAAAUAGUGCAGUUCGCGUGGGUUCUCUACUUCAGAACCUUGGUUCUUUGCUUCUGGAACUUGGCCGCACCACAAUGCUACUGCGGAUAAAUCCGUCAUCUUCAGAAGCGGUUGUAAACUCUGGACCAGCUCUUUAUAUAUCUCCAUCAGGGCCAAAUCCUCUUAUGGUUCAACCUGUUCCAUUUCCAGGAAGGUCUGUCCAAAUGGGUACAUUAUUUUCUAGUCUUGGUUCGCAAGGAUCUGUUCUACAUCCGAGAGAUGUUGAUAUCCAUGUCCGCACAAGUGGGUCCGUGCCUGGAGCCAACCCAAGUGAGUCGGCUGGUGCACAAGCACAUCAAAAUGUGAAUAGGCCAGGAGAUGCUUCACAUGCAAAUAUUGGUGAAGCAUUUUCAGGGGUUGCAGGUGUCACUCCUUUUUCAGUUGAGUCUGGAGUUAGACUAUUGCCACUUAGAACAGUGGUUGCCAUGCCUGCUGGCAUCAGUCGUGCUCCAUCAGGGUCAUCUAGUGGAGGUGUUGGUAUUAUCUAUCCAUUUCUCACUAGAGUUCGACAAAGGGCAAACACUAAUGGUAAUGAUGAACGAAAUGGUCAAUCUCAAAAUGAACCUGCUCGUAGUAGCACCCAUCCUAAUCAGCAAUCAAUUCCUCAGACAUCUCAAACUCAUGAAGCAGGUAAUCUGGGAUCUCCAGUUGAUGUCAAUGUUGGAGAUGGCUCUGAGACCUCACCUGGGAAUGGUCUGGUCACACUCUCUCAGAUAAUGGACUUUCUUGGAUCAAUGCUCCCUGGCGAAAAUGUUCGAGGAAAUACCUCAAGCCAGCAAUCACCAUUGGCUUCCACCGAGCAGGGAGAGGGUAGAAAUCUUGCAACACCACAAGUGUCAGGAGCCAGUGAGGAGGCCCUACGCUUUGCUAGCAUGGUCAGACAAAUUAUGCCAUUUAUCUCCCAAGUUGAAACACAGAAUCUAAAUGCCCCACCAGACAGCAGCAGCACACCUGCACAGGCUGCAUCUGGGAGCUCAGACAGAGCUAGGGAUGUCCCAGAUGAUUCGAGUUCUCGUCAACAUAACCGCGACCAAAUUGAUGAGCCUAAUUCUAAAAGGCAAAGAACUAGCGACUGAUUCAAAUCUACUUGUGAGCUGAGAAUCUUGCCAGUUCUUGCUUACCCCCAGCGGAUUAUCAAAUCAGGACUUGAGGCAAAUGGUGACAGUAUUGAGACAAAUGGAUUAGCUGUAGUAUAUAGUUGGCACUGAGGUCACUAGACGAGGCACCCAUGCCUUUUUUUUGGCGCAUCUUAUAAACUGUUAUUUUCGAGUGCAACCAUUCAUCCUGCUGGCAUCCAAUUCCCAAUCUGUACAAGUUUAAUUUAUUUGGGAUGUAAUCAUUUAUGCGACGAAUCAAAGCCUCUGCUCUAGUCAUUGCCGUAGCAUGUGGAGGACUCCUGCCAUCAAUAAUAUUAUUAUGAAAAUGUAUAGCUUAAGUUUGUAUGCUUUUUUGAACAUUGUGUGAUUAGCUAUUGCUUACACACACAACUGUUACUUUUGUCUUUGUUCAUAAUGCAGUGCGACGCUGUUGGAAUACCAAAA